AGAAAUUUGAGCACAUAAGUUAGCAAAGCACCUUUAGACAAAUGCCUAAAAGUGCAAAAGCACACAGCACACAACAGCAAAAAUGUAUAAUUUAAAAGUUUAGUAUUUAGCUUAAAAAAGUUUAAAACAAAAAUUGCAAAUCAAAUAAAAAAUUGGACAUAAAAUUUCAUUGUAUUUUGAGCAAGUUUACAGUCACAUUCAAUUUAAAUGCAUUUUUUUUCUUUAAAAAAUGUGCUAUAGUGUGCAUAAAUGUCCUUAUUCUGAGAGAACAUUAGUAAAAAUAAAACAAAAAACUCUUUCUCUCAUUCAGACCCAGACUUCCUUUAAAGAUCAAUGAGACUCUCCGGACGCUAAUGUAUUCUUCCAUCUGUAGUUGUAACUAAUAGACUGAAGCCCGGCCAGGUCCAGCAACCUCCUCCACAGAGAGGCAGCAGCUGAGGGGGAGGAGGGAGGUGGCGUUUCGCAUUCAAAGCUGCAGCUGCAGGACUCCAGCCGGCCGUUACCUGCCGUCCUCACACACAGCCGCCGCAUCCCUCUGCUGCUCGUCUGCUGCACGCGGGAGACCUGUUACACACCGCACAUGUAUAACAUGCAAUAAUGUCAGGCGGCCGCGCGCGCUCCUCCGGCGGGCUCUGAGUGACUGCUGCAGAACUGCGCUCCUGACAGUCUCGGAUGUUGGAGCUUUAGAGGGGAACGCUGCUGCAAUGGUGAAGGACAAGGCCGAGGAGCGGACGCUGCAGUACCAGCAAACUUUGAUGUAUGGGCGGUACACCCAGGAGCUGGGUGCGUAUGCCAAGGAGGAGGCUGCACGCCUACGAGAUGGAGGGGUACGUGAUGGCGGGGGACUGCGGAGGAACACCAGCGUUCGGAGUCGAGCUGCUGAUCUGCUGGAGCAAGAUAAAGAUCCAUGUGCAAAGUGCCAGAUGUGUGCGUCACGCUGCCAGAAGUUCCUGAUCUCGCGGGUGGGGGAGGACUGGAUCUUCCUCAUUUUGCUGGGGCUUCUCAUGGCGCUGGUCAGCUGGGUCAUGGACUACGCCAUCGCGUUCUGCCAAGAAGCACAGAAGUGGAUGUUUGCUGGACUGGACAGUAACAUGCUCCUGCAGUACAUCGCCUGGGUCACCUACCCUGUUGUGCUCAUCACUUUCUCAGCAGGGUUCACACAGAUCCUGGCGCCCCAGGCUGUAGGUUCUGGUAUUCCUGAGAUGAAGACAAUUCUCAGGGGCGUAGUGCUGAAGGAGUAUUUGACUUUUAAGACCUUUGUGGCUAAAGUCAUCGGUUUGACCUGCGCUCUGGGCAGUGGGAUGCCAUUGGGAAAAGAGGGACCGUUCGUCCACGUCGCCAGUCUGUGUGCAGCUCUGCUCAGCAAAUUCAUGGCUGCUCUGUUUGGUGGGACGUAUGUGGAAGAACCCUUUGAGGGGAGCAAGAAUGAGCUCAGAAACACGGAGAUGCUGUCGGCCGCCUGUGCGGUGGGAGUGGGAUGCUGCUUCGCCGCUCCUAUUGGAGGUGUGCUGUUCAGCAUUGAAGUCACAUCAACGUUUUUUGCGGUGAGGAACUACUGGAGAGGAUUCUUCGCCGCCACCUUCAGCGCUUUCAUCUUCAGGGUUCUGGCGGUCUGGAACCAAGAAGAAGAGACCAUCACUGCUCUCUUUAAGACGCGCUUCCGCCUGGAUUUCCCGUUUGACCUUCAGGAGCUGCCGGCGUUCGCCGUCCUCGGAAUUGCUUGUGGUUUUGGCGGCGUGUUGUUCGUGUACCUGAACCGGUUAAUUGUGGAGUGCAUGAGGAAGCAAAAAACUAUUAACAAGUUUUUGCUGAGAAACCCGUCACUUCCCGUCAGACGUCUGAUGUAUCCCGCUCUCGUCACCCUGCUGAUCUCCACUCUCACUUUCCCUCCGGGUUUCGGGCAGUUCAUGGCUGGACAGCUGACGCAGCACGAGUCUCUGGUCGCUCUGUUUGACAACCGAACGUGGUGCCGUCAGGGCGUGGCCGAGGAGUUCGACUACAUCAGCCACCACCAUGCCUGGAAACACCCACAGAUCAACGUCUUCAUCACGCUCAUCCUCUUCAUCAUCAUGAAGUUCUGGAUGUCUGCGGUGGCCACCACCAUGCCUGUUCCGUGUGGGGCUUUCAUGCCGGUGUUUCUAAUUGGCGCAGCUUUUGGUCGACUGGUCGGAGAAAUCAUGGCGACGAUGUUUCCCGACGGGAUACACGCCGAUGGCAGUGUGUACCCCAUAGUCCCCGGGGGUUAUGCCGUGGUUGGUGCUGCUGCGCUGUCUGGAGCGGUCACCCACACUGUGUCUACAGCAGUCAUCGUGUUCGAGCUGACCGGUCAGAUCUCCCACAUCUUACCUGUGAUGAUCGCGGUGAUCCUGGCAAACGCCGUGGCACAGGCGCUCCAGCCGUCCCUGUACGACUCCAUCAUACGCAUCAAGAAACUUCCCUACCUGCCAGAGCUGGGGAUGGGACACCACGAGAAGUAUAACAUCCGAGUGGAGGACAUCAUGGUCAGGGAUGUGCGCUACAUCACUCUCAAUUCCUCCUACCGAGAUCUUCAAGAAAUGCUGCAGACUGGUCAGCUCAAAACUCUGGCCCUGGUUGAAUCCAGAGACUCCAUGAUCCUGCUGGGCUCCAUAGAGCGGCUUCAACUCCAGUCUCUGCUCUCUCUUCAGCUGGGCCGCCAGCAGAGGCUGGAGUACCUGAGGCAGCUGGCCCGGGACAACGGCACCAACGACCUCCUGUCCAGUCUGACGUCUGACAGCACGCCCAGCUCCCCCUGCGCUCACAGCCAUCUCAACGCCGCCGCCGCUCGCCAAGGGGUCCGCUUCUUGGUGAGCAGCCAACAGAUCUCCACAGAGGAGACCUCGACCUUCAGUCCGGUGGUCACCAACGCUCAGCUUCCUCUGAAGUCAGCGCUAAAAACGGUGUCUGCCAUCAGUGACACGGAGACGCCCAACAGCUCCCAAACCCUCUACUGUGCAGAUCAAGACCAGGAGCUCCUGGAGAGCCCGGCUGGGCCAGCUCCACCUGACAAGAGGAAGCCCAAACGAGUGAGGAUCUCGAUGGCGGAGUCUCCUGAAGUGGAAGACUGCAUGACCCCUGCAGAGAUAGCGGAGUGGGAGGAGCAGCAGCUUGAUGAGCUGGUGGACUUUAAAAACUGCAAGAUUGACCCCGCCCCCUUUCAGCUGGUGGAGCAAACGUCCCUCCACAAGACUCACACCAUCUUCUCCCUACUGGGCCUGGAUCACGCUUACGUUACCAGCAUGGGACGACUGGUUGGAGUGGUCUCUCUCAAAGAGCUGCGUAAAGCAAUCGAGGGUUCAGUGACGGUGACUGGAGUGAAAGUCCGCCCUCCUCUGGCCAGUUUCCGUGACAGCGGAAACAGUACGAGCGUAUCCGAGGUGACUGAACUCCACAAGCUGUGCAUGCGCCACAGAGGGCUGUCAUUGCCGCGGGAGCCCAAACGCUCAGACGGGGCCGACCAGUCGGACAUUUCAUACAAGGACAUCCCCAUCAACUUCUCAGAUGAGAACAUUUUGCAGUUUGAAACUAGCCAAGAUGACAUGACAAACCAGCUGUCAGACAUGGUGCUUCAAGAAAGCCCCUCGUUUGCUGAGGACCAAUCGGAGCUCACCUUUGACUGCAGCCCCUCCCACACUGAGGAGUCAGAGCUGGCCUGUGAUUAUGACCUUUCGACCCAAGCACCGCAUUCAGACGGGCUGAAGCAGGAGCUGGGGAGUCCGACUAUGAACGAGGAGGAGUCAGAAGCUGCAGGAGAGAGCAGCGGCGUCCACCCUGACGACCAAUCAGAAUGAUCACAUCCAUGAAUGUUGACUAUUUUUGUAGAAAUCCAGACUCCUGUUGUAAUGUGAGGGCUCAAGUGAGCAAAGCUGGUGUCAUUUAAGUCUUCAACAAAUCCACUGAAAUGACCAAAAUAAUACAAUUUAGUUGAAAUACUUUCAGCAUCUAUUUGUUUAAAAGAACUGGAAAGUCCAACUGCAUUUGUUAGAUGUGCAGUUAAAGACCAAAUUAGGUGGAAAAAAAUCAGGCGGGAGAAGUUAAGGAUAGAAACUUACUUAUUUAGCUUUGCUUGAGCCUCAGGGCUGCAAUAACACUGAUCCAUGUGUGAAAAUCAUACAUUUUAUGGCUGAUUUACUAUGUUUUUUAUUUGUUUUCCUUUAUUGUCAAUGAGGGUAUAGAGACUGCAGGGUGAGAAUCUCUUCUCAGGUCAGAUUGUUGGUGGAUUUUUAAUGAUGUUCAUCAUUUACAGUAUAGUAAUAUAUUUAUUUUUGUAGAUACAUCCACUUCAUGUCCAACACUCACAUCAGUGGUCACUUUAAUUCUAGUAUUAAUGAUAGCAGCAGCUUGUGGCUAAAGCUGGGCCCGUUUGAACGUAAAAAAUAAUAAUAUACUUUUCUAUUUAUGUUUAAAAAAAACCUUCUCUUUGCACAAUCAAAUUCAGUUCAGCUAAAUGUAAUUUACUAAAAUACCAUCGCCAAUUAGUGACUGUAUAGGAGAGCUGGACCGAGCAAUCCCUCCCCCCCUUGUGUUCCAAACAGGAAGUACCUUCUGGUUUCAAGAAACCAAAAGACUGUUGAGAAAUAAACAGUCAGAAUAACCAUUCUUGCUCUGAUACCUUUUUCUUAAAGGGCCUAUUUCAUAUGUAUUAUACUGUUCAUUUAAGGACCCUCUGAGCACCAGCCCCUCCCAACCCACGAAAACAGGCGGGUCCUCACGAGCUGAUGUCACAAAGUGAGAACAGCCCCUUUCAGGAAGAGUCUGCUCUGGCAGCACUGCCCCCAGGCUAACACAAAGCUAGCGGUGAUCAGCAAAAAAAAUGUCAUUUUAGAUGCACAGUACUGUAGAUCUUCCAAUUGUGUCCCGUCUCCAAUAAAUUAUGUGUCUACAAGUUGUUUGUGACUUUAGAGCGGCAGGCGGAGCCUCAGAGAUCAAGGCAUCUUACUUACUUCCGGGUUGGAAACUCAUAUUUCUUAAAUAAUUUGUUCUUUAGUGUGCCAAAGGUAAUAUAUGGCCAUAUGUAUGGAAAUAGUUUACUCUGGAAGGCUUAAGAAUAGCAUGAUUAACAUCAUCUUGCUAAUCCUAAUUUUAUGUUCAUGAUAUUUUUUUCUUCAUCCAGUUAUUCAAGUUAUAAACCGGCCAAUCAGAUGCCUGCUACCCCCCACCUUUGAUUGACAGAUUCUCCUGACUGCAUUUUCAGUGGAAGGGGUGUGAACUUCCAUCACAGAUUGGUGGGAGUAGUUGCCAUAGUAACGAUGACUCAGCUUGACUUGGACCAGUCUCUGCUUACUAACCUCGUCUGGCUCCACAUUGAGCUCUCCUAUUGUGAAAAAAUGGAUUCUGAAUUGACUUCAUUUCACUGGAGCUGAAAGUAAGUCAUGUUCUCACUCGCUCAGUCCAGUUCUUUUAUACAGUCGAGUCACAGAAAAAUCAUAAAGCACAGAAGAACACAAGAAACUAUUCAAAUGAGCACAUAUAUUUUGGAGUUUGAACUGUCUAAUAGCACUAGAAAAACGUCUUAGAAAGCAACUUUAAUCACAACAUGUGGUGAUGGAAGUUUGUGACUGAUAUGCAAUAGUUUUCCAUUCCUAAUGCAGUAAAGUGCAGACUGUCUUCAGCAGCUGCCUCUCACAACACAAGGAUAUUACUUUUUUUUUUUUACUUGAUCCCGGCACAUUUAUUAGUCCCUUAAGUGUGCGAUCAGCUUGGAUCUAUUUACAGCGAUGAAGGCAGCUUCCAAGCUGAGUCCCCAAACAGCGCGGGGCUACACCUCUACAAAACACUGAACUCACCGCGAUGCGACUCUUUGCUCCAUCUUUAAGCAUGAAAAUGAAGCAAUCCUGGAGCUGGGAGGUUUUGGAAAUUGCUGGCUGUUGCACAGACACACAAAAACACACACAAACAUGUGCUGUUCUGUAUGCAGCCUGUAGAUAUUUAACUAUUAUUAGAACUUUAAAUCCAGCCUGGCCUCUGAAGUAACAUCUGUAUGAAGCACGACAUGUCUGAUUGUAUUUUAGCUUCAUGGAACUAUUCUGAGCCAUCCCAGCCAGAAGGGCCAGGAGGGCCAAACAUGGUUUAAAAAAAUGAGCAGAAAAUGUGGGCCCCAAAUGGAUUUGUCCACCAUUUCUGUGGCCCCUCCUGUGUUUGCCCACAUUGGUUUUAAGUGGGGACUCAUUGGGUAGGCUUGCUACACGAGCCACCCGCCCGGUGGAGGGUCGAGCUCCUUAGCUUGCUUCAGCGGAGCUCGCUAGCUUGAUACUGCGGAGUUCCUAGCUCGCGACAGCCGAGCUCCUAGCUUGAUGCAGCGGUGCUCGCUUGCUCAAUACGGCGGAACUUGGUAGCUUGCAACAGCGGAGCUCGCUAGCUAGAAACUGUGGAGCUCAUUUGCUCGCAACAGCGGAGCUCAUGAGCACCGCUGCAGUGGAGCUUGCUAGCUCGAUACAGCGAUGCUUGUUUGCUUGCUAUGGCGGAGCUCGCUAGCUAGAAACAGUGGAGCUCAUUUGCUCGCUAUGGUGGAGCUCGCUAGCUCGCCACAGAAGAGAUCGCUACAGCGGAGCUCCCCAGAUUGCUACAGCAGAGCAUGCUUGUGCUCGAUGUGGCGGAGCUCGCUAGCUUGCAGCAGCGCAGCUCAGUUGCUCAAUACAGUGGAGCUCGUUUGCUCGCUACAGAAGAGCUUGCUAGCUCAAAACUGCGGAGUUCGCGAGCACCGCUGCAGUGGAGCUCAGUUGCUUGCUACAGCGGAGCUUGCUAGCUUGAUAAAGUGGAGCUCGCUGGCAUGCUACAGCGGAGCUUGCUAGCUUGAUAAAGUGGAGCUCGCUGGCAUGCUACAGCGGAGCUUGCUAGCUUGAUACAGAGGAGCUCACUAGCUUGCUGCAGGGGAGGUCGCUGGCUCACUUCAACAGAACUCGCUAGCAUGCUACAGUGAAGCUCGCUACAGCAGAUCCCACUAGCUUGAUACAGCAGAGCUUGUUACAGUGAAGUUCACCAGCACUCUACGCUGUCCACCAGGCGGCUGGUUAGCGUAGCCAGCCUACCCGCUGAGUGCUCACCUAACCUAAUGUAAGCAAACACAGGUGGGACCACAGAAACUGCAGACAGACCUAUUUGGGGCUUACAUUUCCCCCCACUUUUAAACCAUAACGGGCCCUCCUUGCUUUUCCGGUUUGGAUAUUUCGAUUUAUUUUUCUUCUUCCUUUCAGUCUAUAUAACCAUCUCUGCAAUGUCUUUAUGGUUAAGUUGCAGUUUGAAUGUAGAAUAUUGCUUGCCUUUUAAGUUAAUGUAUACGAAACUAAAUGUAGAAAGUGUAUAAGCUAUUUUGCAGCGUAUCUAGUUAAGCAAUAAGUCUGUAAGAUCUCCCUUUACAUGGCACUGGUCUGUACAUGCUCUGUACAUAUGAAAAUAAUAUAUGGAUGUGAACCACAAACAUGCUUUUGUACAUAGGAAAACUAAGCAUUUUAAAUCAACAGCAACUUUUAUUUUUCAGAGAAAAUUUGUUUUUGUACAUGAGUGAAUGAUUAAAUUGAAAGAAAAAUGUAUAUUAAAAAUUGACAUGAAUUUAUGAUUUA